AUUACAAGAAAAUUGCUGUCGGAAAUUGUUGAGCACAACCACAAUCCACGCAAACUAAGCAGUAUUAACUGACACAUUUUCGGUGAAAUCUGUGAGAUAAUGGCCGAAGACAUGUUUCUUCUUUGGGGUUCUGGCUCUCCUCCAUGCUGGAGAGUCAUGAUUGCGCUUGAGGAGAAAAACCUGCAAGGCUACCAACACAAGUUGUUGUCUUUUGAGAAAGGAGAACACAAAUCAAAGGAGGUCUUCGAUGUUAAUCCGAGAGGACAAGUCCCCUCAUUUCGCCAUGGGCCCCAUAUGAUAAAUGAAUCUGUUGCAGCCUGCAUGUACUUGGAGAACCAGUUCAAGUCCCAGGGAAACCAACUUAUCCCCAGUGACCAAGCAGGAUUUGCCUUGGUGUACCAACGGAUGAUUGAGGCCCCCAAUGCACAGCAGAAAAUGAUCGAUGUUCUGCUGUACAACUUUCACACGCCUGAGGAAGAGAGACAGGAGGCAGCACUAAAGAAAAAAAAUGAGGCAGCAACAACUGAAUUUCAGUUGUGGGAGGGCUACCUGCAGAAGACUGGACCAUACAUGGCUGGACAAAACUUCUCAUUGGCUGAUGUUGCGUUUUUUCCAACUUUGGCCCUUGCGUUCCGCCUGGGGUUGAGUCAGAAUAAGUAUCCCAAACUUGCUGAGUACCAUGAUUUUCUGAAGGAUCGACCCAGUAUCAAGGCCACGUGGGCCCAGCAUUGGCUCGAGAACCCCCCAUUUAAGAGUCCUCCUCUGGCGAUCCUGUGAGCUAUCUGGGGUGUGCUCCAAGUGGUGGUUUAGUGGCAGACCUGUGUAUGUUAACCCAGAGGAGGUGGUAAACCUCUCUAAUUAUGGCUGUCAAACAGUUUAAGAAAAAAAAACGAAUUAAUCUCAUAUUUUGAAAUGAAUUAAUCUAGAUUAAUUGCAAAUUAAAAAGUAGAUUUUUUUAUAUUUUUAAAGGGCAUAUUAAAUGCAACAUGAAUCACAAAAUUAAUGAGUAAGUUGUUUUGAAAUAUAAAUUUUUUAAGAAAUACUACUAAUUUGAUGCUGUUUAACUCCGUUAUAAAUGGUGCACUGUCACUUUAAGCGUAUUGUGUCCACACAUUCUCAUAAUGAUCUUUUUAACAGCUCCAUUCAAAUAUAGCCUAUGGCUAGUACACAACAUUCGUCUUUGUUGCCUUCAUGAUUUCCUUUAUAUUAAAAAGAAACUUAUAUUAUCAACAAAACCAGCCACCUGGAACCUACCACUCUCUCUCUCUCCCUCUUGGUGCGCGCUCAAACACGUUCCCAAUUAUAUGGAUUAGCCGUUGGAUCUUAUGUAUAAGUAUAUAUACUCUUUUGAUCCGUGAGGGAAAUUUGGCAUGCAUUUAUUC